GAGUGAAAUUGAAAGGGGUUUUCAUGGGUGUGGUCCGUGUGGAGAUCGAGUGCAAACGGGCUAGCCCUAGGGAGAGCAUGAUGCAGGUCAGGUGGGGUACAGCCAAAGGAUGGAUGCUUUUAGAGUUGUGGGUAAAUGGCUGUCUCGACUCUCGUCCUUUUCCGGGCCUUCAAAUGGAACUUCUUCAAACAGAGGCGGUGGGGCACAAGUAAUUUAAGCUUAAUUUCUGUGGUCUACAGUGGAGUUGCGUUUUUAUUUUAUUUUAUAGAAUAAUGAAUAUUAUUAAGAAUAUUUUUAUAAAUAUUUUAGGUUGAAGAGAAUAGAAUUCACUUGAUGAAAUGAGGGGUUCAUAGUUUAGGAUAUGAAUAUAAGAAUAGGAAAUAUGAGAUGUUUUGGGAUUCAAUAAUAUCUUUUGUAAUCUUUUUAUGGUAUAAUAAAAUAUUUAUUUAUUUAUUUAUGAAUAUAGGUGUGAUUAAUUGAAUCACCUGUAAUAUGCAGCCAUUCCUCUGGAAUGUUCCACUCGAUAUUGCGAGCAGUUUGUUUAUUUUGAAUAUCUGGUUUUGGAAUCUCUCCAUUUUUUUUGUUUGGUAGCAACUCCAAUUAAAUGAUGGAUUUGUGUUGUCACAUCCAAUUUCAAACAAAAUGGAAUACUUCCAAAUCCUAUCCUCUAGAAGGGAGAAGUUAGUGGUUCCAAUUAAUAACUUGUGCUAGGACCAUGGAUUUCCUUCACAACACAUGCACUUAUUCAAUAUUCCCUACGAAUCCCAUUUCACACGCAACCCGAUUAAGACCCACAUUAUUAUUUUUUACCAUCAGCAGUUUAAAAUUCAAUUCACUCACAACCCCUCACCCUAGGCAAAUUAAGACCCACAUUAUUAUUAUUUAUCAUGCGAGUCACCCACAACACAAGCCCAUAAUGAGGUCCAAUAUAUUGGUUCGAGCCCAUAGUCCACCCAGACCCAGAGCCCCUCUGUCCUCCAAAGCCCUUGUGAAAGUCUGGAGUUCCCCAAAACCCAAUCUCCUGUUAUACCUGUUCUGUGAGUUUUUGAAUAUUACUUUCUUAGCUUAUGGAUAUACUAUGGAUCUGUGCUCUUUCCAGGAUUUCACUAGAUUACUUUGGGGUGAGAGAAAUCUCCGUGGGGGUUGAGCAGAUGGAUCACUUUAAUGAAAUGAAUGCAAGUUGUGGAAGGAAGUGCCUCUUCAGUGCAGUGGCCCGUGGGCAUUGUAUAUAUAGAACCCACUUGUCCACUAGUCUCUCAGUCGGCGUCAACCCAAAUAUCCCAGCUGUUCACUGGCACUAGUCUCUCUCUAUUCUCUUCAAACGCUGUCGUUUUGGGGGUCCACGGCUCCUCAUCACCCACAUUCCUUCUCUUUCCCUUAGGUCUGCAGUCUUUUCAAUUAAUUAUCUCCUUCUCAGACACUACUUUGCGUGCGAAAUUCAAAGUAACCGUGGAAAUGGCAGAACCCUCCGAUGUAUUAGCUCUUCUCCUUUCUCUAUUCAUCUUUUUAUUCACCGCUGAAGUUGGGGCAAGGACACCUGAACAGGUUAAAUGCUCGUCUUCAUGCGGAGAUUUGCAUAACAUCAGCUAUCCUUUCCGCCUGAUGGGUGAUCCAGCGGGAUGCGGCGAUGCUGACUAUGUGCUCUCUUGCCAGAACAACAAAACAAUCUUGGAGUUCCACUCAGGAAAGUACUACGUUAAAACUAUUUCAUAUGAGGAACGUACAAUUCAUGUUGUAGAUGUGAAUUUAGCCAAUAGUAGCUGCAAUCUUUCAUACCAAUCUCUAAACAUUGAUGAAGUGGCGGCCGACUUCCGAUUCACAGGAUUCUACAAUGUCACCUUCGCAGCAUUCAUGAACUGCUCUAGAACUAUAAGUGAUCCUGCUUAUAGAAGAGUUCCUUGUGUUAGUACUAAUACAUCUCAUGUUUACGUUAAGUACAAUCGCUAUGCAGUCUCUGAUCUCGGUGACUCAUGCCAUUUUAUUUCAAUGACUCCUGCCACCUAUGUUGAUGUGGACUUUCCUUCAUAUGGAGCCAUCAUGAAAAUACUGGGGUCGGGGUUCAAGCUUGAAUGGUCAGUUGAGUGCAGGGAUUGCCUUGUGUCUGGUGGUUCAUGUGUAGUGACUUCCUUCAGUAGGCAUCUCACCUAUCAGUGCGACCAAGGAAUUUCGUUAUGGAUAGGAAAGGCUGCAUUUGAGUUUCUCUUUUUCGCACUAGGGAGCAGGCUGCUAGCUAAAUUGCUCUUAUUAGCCGGUUUAUCUUUAGCUCUGGUUAUAUUUGUGUUCCUUAUACACAAAUAUCGAACAUGGAAGCCAGUUGAUACCGCGGAGAAAUUUUUUGGCAAUCAGCAGUUGUUGAUGCCUAAGAGAUACUCUUACUCUGAUAUCCUAGCAAUGACAAACUGCUUCCAAGAUAAAUUAGGGGAAGGUGGUUUUGGUUCAGUUUAUAAAGGGUACCUUCCUGGUGGCAGCUCCAUUGCUGUUAAGAUACUUGGGAACUCAAAGUUUAGUGGGAAAGAAUUCAUCAAUGAAGUCUCAACUAUUGGUAGAAUCCGCCAUGACAAUGUGGUACAUUUAGUGGGAUUUUGUUCUGAGGGAUCUAAUCAAGCUCUUGUCUAUGAAUACAUGCCUAAUGGGUCACUGGAUAAGCAUAUAUUCUUGAAGGAGGGGAGAGUUAAGUCAUUUGGCUGGGAGAAACUCCAUGAAAUUGCUCUUGGGACGGCACAAGGAAUUGAAUAUCUACAUGGAGGAUGUGACAUAUGCAUUCUUCAUUUUGACAUUAAGCCUCAAAAUAUCCUGCUAGAUCAUGAUUUCAUCCCAAAGAUUUCAGACUUUGGCCUUGCAAAAUUUUACCCAAAAGGAUAUGAUUUUGUGUCCAUUAAUACUGCAAGAGGAACAAUAGGGUACAUAGCUCCUGAACUGAUUACACAGAAUUUUGGAGCUGUUUCUAGCAAAUCGGAUGUCUAUAGUUUUGGGAUGUUAUUGUUAGAGAUGGCUGGGGGAAGAAGGAAUGUUGAGAGCAAGGCAAAGAGUUCGAGCAAAGUUUACUUCCCAUCAUGGGUUUAUGACCAUCUUAGUGAGGGAGGAGAUUUGGAGCUUGGCAAUAUUACAGAAGUUGAGAUUGAGAUAGCAAGAAAGUUGUGCAUAGUUGGGCUCUGGUGCAUUCAAAUGGAGCCAUCAGAUCGACCUUCGAUGACCAAAGUGAUAGUAAUGCUAGAAGGGAACAUUGAUGACCUCAAAUUGCCUCCUAGGCCUUUCUUUUCUUCUCCUCAACAUGUGUCUAUAGUAGAGCCUCAAUCAGACUCUUCAACAGAGUUGCUGUUAUCCGGGUCACAGGAGGAAAGCUUGUACAAUAAUAGUUAAAUGUAUUGUGUAGUGUUAGUAUUAACUUCUUUGGUCUUUUGGUUGGGGUUGAGAUUGGGUGAAGCUAUGUUGAAUUUUAGAAGCUUAUGAUAACACUUGAGAUUGUAAUCAGCCCUAUCUCUGCUCUUGUGUGGUAGGAAUAAAGCAGUUCAAAUUUAUUUUUCUGUA